ACGCGCGCGCACACACACACGCACACACGCGCGCACACACACACACGCGCUCCCACAGCGGGCAGACCGCAGACAGCUGCCGGAUACAGAGCUCCACAGCCGGACUCAUUUCACCCACCGGCACUGUGCCUGUGUGUGAGAGUGUGCACGUUCAUUCAGGGCGCGUGCACGUGAAAGCACUUGUUGCUGGGAGUGGGAACGUGAGGAGAAAGAUUCUGCAGCAGCUGACUGAAGAACUACAGAGCUGCAGGUGAUUCUUCCAGAGCAGCAGGUGGACUCCAACUCCCAGAAUGCCUGAGCAGAGUAACGACUACCAGGUGGUGGUGUUUGGAGCCGGUGGCGUGGGGAAGAGCUCGCUGGUCCUUCGAUUUGUUAAAGGCACCUUCAGAGACACCUACAUUCCCACUGUGGAGGACACGUACAGACAGGUAAUCAGCUGUGAUAAGAGCGUCUGCACGCUGCAGAUCACCGACACAACAGGAAGUCAUCAGUUUCCCGCCAUGCAGCGCCUGUCCAUUUCCAAAGGCCACGCCUUCAUCCUGGUGUACGCCAUCACCAGCCGCCAAUCACUGGAGGAGCUGAAACCGAUCUACCAGCAGGUUGUGGCCAUCAAGGGCAGCGUGGAGUCCAUUCCCAUCAUGCUGGUGGGCAACAAGAGCGAUGAGACGGCCCAGCGAGAGGUGGAGACAAAGCAGGGCGAGGCUCAGGCCGCCGCCUGGAAGUGUGCCUUCAUGGAGACGUCGGCCAAGAUGAACUCCAACGUGAAGGAACUGUUCCAGGAGCUGCUGACGCUGGAGAAGAAGAGGGACAUGAGUCUGAGCAUCGACGGAAAACGGUCGGGGAAACAGAAGCGAGCUGACAAGCUGAAGGGGAAGUGCAGCGUCAUGUAGAGCGGACGGCAGAGGUCUCGCUAGAACCACGUGGACACGGCAGGAGACCCAACAGCUCUUCUUCUUCUUCUUCUUCUUCUUCUUCUUCUUCUUCUUCUUCUUCGUUGGUGUCUGAGCACUGAAGCCCAGAGGAACAAAAUGAUGAGAACCAAACUGGAACAUUUCUGCCGGGGCCCUUGGGCCCCUCGUGGCCCUGACCUGUGAUUGUGGCCCCAAAAUAUUGUUUUACAUGUUGAGCUCCUGCCACUAACGACUGUAAUAAAGGAACAUUCCACCUGAAUGUAACUCACUUAAACUAA